UUGAAACAGGCUGAAGUAGGCCUUAAGGCAUUAGAGACAUACGAGUUGCAGAUAGCCUACAUCUGCUAAACAGGAUCAAUAUUUGAUCUGUUUGUGUCUCCCCUUCACCUCCCCAGGCUUCGACCACUGUUUGACGGAGGGGGCCGUCAUGACACCGCGGGAGCAGCUGAGGAAGAUGACUGCGCUGGGUGAGCAGGGGGCGCUGGAUGAGAAGCACUGGUACCGCCUGGUGAACGGCAUGUCCGCCGGAGAGCUGAGGCAGAGGCAGGAGAUGAUCAUGAGGAACCAGAUGGCCAUGGCUCCACAGAUACUCAGCCAGGGGCAGCAGAGAAUGCACGGGGUCCCCACACAGUUUGAGCCCCGCUUCAUGGAGAGGGAGAUGGUGCCCCCCACAGAGAUGGUAUCUUCUGAAGCCAGACAAAUGCACAUGGGAAACCACCUCGGCCAGCCACUCAUGCCACAUGCCAACGUUCAUCCUGGAAGAAACUUUUCAGGAGCAGCAGGCUAUGGCUUCUUGCCCUCCGAACCCAUGGAAACUGUUGCCCGGCGACAGGAGCUCAUUCAUAAGCAGAACAUAGCCAGGAUGGAGAUGAACGCCAUCCUGCACCAGAAGGAGCUGGAGAACGCCCACCAGAAGGGGCUGAUGGGAAUGGAGAACCCUCUCAUGUACCAAGCCAACGCCAUGGCCUUCAGGGGCCGCCAGCGCAUGCCCGACGGCCACGACGUCUUCGUGGACCGGCCCUCCCUGGAAGACCUGCACUCCAACAGCAUGGUCAUGUCUUCCAGCCCCUACCCGCCCAUUGGCACCGUGCAUCGGGAGCGAGGGCGUCGGGUGGGGAGGCGGCCCGCCAGCCACAAGAGCACGGAGAGCCACAUGGCCAGCCUGAAGGGCCACGUCGAGGAUAAGGGCGUGGAGCGGAGCCCGGGGACGGCGUCUGGCGAGGAGAAGGACGCGGAGGCAAAGGGUGACGCGGGCGAGGAGGCCGCCGCCCACAAGACGCACCUGCCCAUCAAGAUGGAGUCAGAGCUGUCGGCGGCGGCGAGGAAGAACUACAAGGACGCGGAGCAAGGCCUGAGGAAAGCCUGCGGCAACGGCCAAGACGGCUGCCCGGACGCGGCCAGCAGUGCGGACAAAGACAUGGCCGGCCAGUGCUCGGCUUUUCAGGACAAAUUCAUGUUCCCCGCCGCGGCUGGGAAUCUCACUGGGGUACCGCACAUGUUCCCAGUGCCUGGUCUCAUCCAACCUGGUCAGCCCAAUCUCUAUCUCAAUGGGGAAGAGGCCUCCGAAAACAUGAGGAAAUGGACUGUGGAUGACGUUUCUAAUUUCAUCCACAGCAUACCAACUUGCGCUGAAUACGCCCAGGUCUUCAAGGACCACAUGAUUGAUGGGGAGACACUGCCCCUGCUCUCUGAAGAGCAUCUCCUGGACACGUUGGGCCUCAAGCUAGGACCCGCCCUCAAGGUCCGCUCCCAGGUGUCGCGGCGCCUGGGCAGCAUGUUCUACAUGAUGAACCUCCCGCUUCCCGCCGCCGCCGCCAAUGCCGCCGCCGCCAUCCAGGCCGCGUCCGACAAGCCAGGCGACAGGUCGUCGGAGGUCGGGUCGCCCGUCGCGUGCAACAGCGAGGAGAUCAUGGGAAGCCCGAGAGAAGCGGACCUCCUCAAACCGGAGCACCUCAACGAGACGGAGAACCACUCCCCUCCUUCUGCGAGCAGCGAGACCGCGUAGAUAGCGUAGGAGAGCCCGAUUUGCGAUGAGUUCUGUAUGCUGUUGUAGGCCUGAAUGGUAGGCCUGUUUGCUGAUUGGUUCAUGAGGCUGGUGGAUGUUUUUUACAUACCUGUUUAUAAUCUGCUUUUAUCGGUUUUACUUGUAAUAGACUGCACAUCUUGCUAUCAGGGAUAACUCACAACAAACAUCAUAUGUCUAUUUUGUUUGCCACAGUACUAAAAGUGAGGUAAAAUGACAUGUAUGCUAUUUUUAGAUACAAUGGGAAAAGCUUUUUAUAUAUCCGUAAUAUUGGUGUUCACAAAACCGUGAAUUAUUGUACCAUAUAUACUAUUCUGUGUUUAACUCUUUAUUGACGCUGCUAUUGCUCU